AUGAUGAUGAUUUCUGACUACAGAACUGCUGUUGCAUUAGAUACUCAUGCAUUUGGUCUCGUCUCAAUACUGAAUUAUCUAAUUGGACAUUUAUCUGUCUUUGUCUUCUGUCUGGGAGCGAGAGUUCAGGAGACAUUGAAUGGGGCAUGGUUGGAGUUCUUUGAGAUGAUCUUGGGGAAGGCAGUUAUGGAGUUCUAUCCAUGGAUUGUUUUCUGUUUCUAUUCAUCCCUUCACACUGAUUUCAUCGGCGAUGACCGGAUUAAACGACGCAGUCUGUCAAUUUCUAGUAGAGGCGCACGGCGGUUGCGUUUGAAUCGAAAUUUCAUUUCUAGCACCACUGCCGCAGCUGGCGGCGGCGGCGGUGGUUCCGUUUCGGAGCUGAACGACGGCGCUAGGAAACUACUGCAGGUUAUUCUGUGGAUAGCUGAGGCUGUUUAUAUCGUUUGGCUCUUCUUACUUCCCUAUGCUCCUGGGGAUCCUGUCUGGGCCAUUAGUUCAGAAACAAUCAGUUCUCUGAUAGGCCUUUCACUCAAUUUCUUCUUUAUUCUGCCUUUGACAAACUUAGUCGGUAUUCAUCUCAUUGAGGCACCAGUUCUCCAUCCAAUGUCUGAGGGAUUAUUCAACCUUGUUAUUGCGUGGACGCUGAUGUUUGCUCCUCUGCUUUACACUGAUAAACUGAGAGGCAGAUUCAAGGGAUCAAUUGAUGUAUUAUGGGGCUUUCAGAUGUUUCUCACAAACACGUUCUUGAUUCCUUACAUGGCUAUACGUCUGAACGAGGCUCAAGAGGACGACACUCCAAGAAAGACCUCUCAACUUGGUUCAGUCAUGACAAACGGAGCAGCCAUUGUUGGACUCACUGGUGGGAUUGUAAGCUUGCUGUCGAUAGUUUGGGCCUUUUACGGCCGAGGAGAUGGUAAUUUUGGAGAUUUGGGAGAAAGACUGGAGUUUCUGCAAAACUAUCUCGGAUCCGAGAGACUUGCCUACGCCUUCAUCUGGGAUAUCUGCCUGUACCUAGUUUUCCAGCCAUGGUUGAUAGGCGACAACCUCCAAAACAUCCGACAAGACAAAGUUGAUUCGGUUAAUCUUCUCAGAUUCAUCCCAGUAGUCGGCCUAGUCGCCUACUGCCUCUGUUUAGACACCAGCAAAGAGACAUAGCCUUAUAUACUACUACUACAUGUGUUACUAAUGCCUUGAUUAUUUAACAGAUUCCAAAACUUCAUUCUUGAAUA